AUGAAUCGUUGCUUAGCUAGACAGGACUCUCCAACUACCCAUCAAUUGAUCCAUAUCAUCCCACUUGUGAACAUUGCCUCAAUACUUAUGCCAAACGCACGCUAUGUUCUCUCCGUCGACUGUCCUGUCAAGUGGACGGCCGCGCAAGGGCGAUCUGUAUCCAAUGACUACCCUUUCGCGGAUAUCCAAGCCUCUACAUCUGCCGAAUUUGUUCAGCGGAGAUAUCUGGACUUCUUAUGGUUACCUGAAUCUAUCUCGCCUCUGCGAUGUCUUAUCCCGACACUUCUCCGAGCAGCGGAUCAAACACCGUCAACCAGCGAGAAACAUCCCCUCCAUGGUCUCCUCCAGCCAAUCUUGCUCACUCCGCGCUUGGCCUCUCAGAAAUACCACUCACGGAUCAGCCAGAUUCUCGAGGACGACAGUGGUACUGGAGAUGUAGAAGAGAACAUGAUAUGGUUCGCACUUAAAUACGAGAAGGCCGACGAGGAGGAAGCUGCGGCGGCCCAAGGCGACUUUGAUGCGGAUGAUCGGUGGAAACACGAAUGGCUAGCUCGUAUGGAGCGAAGGGAAGUACAGAUUCAGAUCCUCCUCCACUUCCUUCUAUUGUCUUUGCCUGGUGCUCCGAAACCUCCUGUCGAGCUCACAGCAACAGAGCUUUCCCCACAUUUAUCAUCGCCGAAGAAGCGAAAGCGAAAGCGUUCUGCAUCUCCUCCACCCCGUAUACUCUCUCUAGAAGAGUGUCUCGAGUUGUUCAUGGACAAGAUGUCCAUGUGGCAGCUCAUGACGUCGCUGGAGACGGAUGAUGACAAGAGAAACGUCCAGCACUCCGUGAACACGAAAGGCAAGAAGAAAUCUCUUGAUGAAAGGGACUGGAUGCAAGCGUUCUGCGAGGACGUCAUCGAGAAACAGUACGUGGGCAGGACCUGUCUCGUUCCAUUGGAUCGGCUCAUCUAG